AUGGGAAUUGAAUCUUUGAGGCAAUUCCAAAAGCCUUUCAGCUUGAAGACUUGGUCGGAGAAUCCCUCAAGUCAGCUUCCAAACCAAUCGGAUCAGCUCAGCUCCAAUGCCGGGGGUCUACGCCGACAGCAGAGUAUUCGAUUUGUGAAGCAAGGGGCUCGAACCAAGCGACAGCAAAGUCAAAUCAACGAUGACUCUUCUGAUAUAGGGACUGUUUGUCAUCGGAGCGUCCUCAAAGAUGUUGCCAAUCAGCCCGCUAGCCGAACUUGUCGUACUGCCGAGCGUCCAUUUGUGAGCACUUAUACGACCAACUACAUCAAUUCUUUACCUCCGAGCGAAUCAUUCGGGUCUCCAGACGAAUGUGCACCUGCUCCAGCAUCGUACCGAAGACUGCGCAAGUCACGCUCAAUGUUUGCCCCCUUGAAUCCGACCGGUCUGCGCCGACCAAGCAAGACAUACUUCAGCGAGUCUCCGGAGCAGGAGAAUGUACAGCCUGCUUUGGGACGACAGUCUAUGCAAAACAUGAAGGAGAAUAAGCCAUCACCGAAGAAGAUUCUUGGGCUGAGGAACCCAAAGUCAAUGAGCUUUCUCAAAAUUCGGGGCGUUCUGGAUUCUGACAGACUUGGGAGCCGACAGCAGAUCGAUUUCGCAGUCCAAGAAGCCGAGGACAGUUUCCGCAAAGACGUCGAAGAACAACGGCAAUUAAAACCGCGACCAUCGACGAUAUUCUCGAAAGCAAAGAAAGGCCAGGCGUCUCUGAGUUUACGCCGAUCCAUGAGAGACUUCAGUGCCGAUGUUCAAUCGCUUGGCCCGGAAAAUGGUUUCGUGAUCAAUAAGGACGCUUCUCUUCGAAAGAAGGCCCGAAAAGUCUCAAGCAGUCUCAAAAGCAAAUUGAAAGAUAUGUUCCGCCGGAGUAAGAAGGAUGAUUUGGUUGUGGAAGCUAGCGGGCCUCCUUCAAAGGUUUCGAACGUAGUCCAAGAUCUCGUUGGCGUUGACAACGAACAGGACGAUGCAUACAUGGACAUUGCGGACCCUGUGUUGUUGGACGAGUGUUCGAUCUCACAAGUGCCUUCACGAGUCCCGUCUCUUCACGAUGCUUCCCCAACCCAGAAGCUUCACUCGCGAAAAGGAAGCAUAGAGAGCAUUGGAGGUGAAAGAAAGGCAUCGGAUGAGAAAUCUCGCGUCACCAGUUGGACGAGCUCGGGCACUCAUACUCUUAAUAGUCAAAGUACUUGGGGCGGGGAGCGGGAGCGUCAGCGGCUGUCCGUCAUCAAAGAGAUUGGACCACAUAAGUCCUCAUCUUCUUUCCAGCGACCAGGCCUUGCUGACCGUAACCCAUUCAAGUCCGAACCACCACCUCCGCAACAGGAUGAACUCGUCCGCCUCGGCCCAUCAGUCGAUAGCGCCAGAGUCUACUCCGCCCUCAUGAAGCGAUUGGACGAAUGCAAGCAAAUAAGUCAACGAGAAGAGCAGCUACGGCAUGGUAGUGAUGGGAGUACCGGUCUCAAUUGGAACGGCAAAGUUGGUUCGUCGACAUCUCUCGGCGGCCAGGAACUUGACGAAGCUACGAAUCAAGACCUACCAACCAUAAGAUGUGUUUUACAAGAGGACGACGUCUUCAAUGACAGUCCGUGGGAGCAAAGAUUGAAAACAGUGGUUGAGACCGAAGGCCCUCAGUCGGCUCAUGAUGAAGCGGUAUCCCCAUCCGAUAGUACAAUGCAUCAUCGCCAGCGUUCGGCUUCUGAGACUACCAUUGAAGCUUACAAGCCUUACUCAAGACCCAUGGCCGGGGUCGAAACAGGCCACUCGCCCUCGAAGCCGUAUAAUUUGCAGGGCGAUAAAACCGCGAAUCCACCAAGAGCAUUGUCUACUCGCAGUUCGGCGUUCUUUGGCAGCCCGACUUGCCAUCUCUUCCGCACCACGAGUCCAUAUCGCAAGGUCUUGCAAGAGAAGACACCCUCUAUGUCCAACAGCUUGGAGGCUGUUGCGAAGGAUCUCGGUCCUAAUGCUACACCCGUGAUUAACACACAUCAAAUACGCUACUUGCCAAGUGGCUCUUAUACCUAUACACCGACAAUGCCACAGAGCCGAACGGUCUCAAACGCAAGUUCUGUGGAGUGGAAGACUUGGCUCUCUGCCAAUGCGGCGCAUACCGACGCUAAGUUGGCCAAUACUGGAACUCAGCACCUGACGGAAGUUCGUCACGCAAAGACAAGUAUGCCUAGAAGCUUGGGUCAUGUGCGUGAGCGCGCAGAGAUUGAGGACCCUGAAUCUCCAACUUUGUACAGAGCUAUGGGCACAGGAAAGGCCAAACUGCAAACGCCACUAAGAGUGACGAGCCACAAUCCACGUCAAGUGUCGUCUGCCAGCCGCGUUGAGCUUGGCAUAGACGAUUCAAAGUUCUCCACACCUUUGAGAGACGAGAACACGAUCCCUGAGACGGGCGGACGCGUGGCUAGGCGUCUUCGUGGCAUCUACAACCCUCCACCAAUUCCGCCCAGAAGCUCUUUGAGGACGACUCCUUCGAUGCCGGUUUUGCAGUCUCGUCUUUCUCAUAGCAACUUACCCGUUAAAGCCGUAGAUCGACAAGCUUCCAAGGUUCGCAGCAUGGACGCCAUCCCAAAGGCCCAAAAUUUCGAGUCCCCCUUCCAGCCCAAGACACGAUCUCCGGUCAAAUUAGUCAGACGCACCGGACUAAAAAAAGGGCUUCAAACGUCUGCUUCCAGCCCAGGGUUGACAAUCGAGAAACAAUUCGGUCCCAUGCUGGCCAGUCACGAUGGCGGGUCUCCCAGGGAGAGGCGGGGGUCCGUUCGUCGGCUACUAGACUCCAGCGACUCGCAUGAUGGUGAGAGAUCCGAUACCGCGAGCCUUGACUGGAAAGCCGAAGCAGCUGGCAGCCAUCACUUGGUGGAGAAUUUUCUCAGCAGUAGGCGUCGGCCACCAGUCCAUGGGGCGUUCGUAUGA